GGCGAUUUGAUUUUCCCCCCUCAAACAUACCUUUACUCCUUCUUCGUCAUUGAUUUACUGGCGAUGGGCGCGAACAGCUGCAGACCCUGCAAGGGUCGUAAAAAGCGGAAAAUUCAGCAAGGCGGUUCCAUCCUCGACAGGGUUAUCAGUCAAUCCUCCAAUCAGGAUCAGUGUCUUCUCUACAAAUUGGCCAACUACAAGAAAGGUGGUGAGUUGAUCGAGGCUUACAAUCUGGGUGGACAGACGGAAGUUGAGAAGCUGAUCAGAGAGCAGUUCGGACAGUUGAUGUACGCGGAGGGCAAAGGGCAGAUAAUCAACAGAUCCGAGUAUCUCCGUUGGAAAUUUCGAGAUUUCGAGCAAGUCGUCUUACCAAUCGAGGCGAGUCUGAGUCCGCACGAUCCGUUAGCGAAAUGGAUGGAUCACGAGGCCUGCUGGCAGAUGCAGUAUCGGGGAUCUCUGGGUGAAACGUUGAUCCACGUCCUGAUCAUUUGCGAUACGAAAAUACAUACGAGAAUCGCUCGCACGCUGAUCAGAUGCUUCCCCAAAUUGGCAAUAGACGUGGUGGAGGGUGAAGAGUAUUUGGGUGCUGGAUCUCUUCAUCUCGCGAUCGCCUAUAACAAUAACGAGUUGGUGCAGGAUUUGGUGGAGGCCGGCGUGAACGUUAACCAAAGGGCUGUUGGUAGUUUCUUCUUACCGAGAGAUCAGCAGAAGCCGAAACCGGCGAAGCAUACGGAUUACGAGGGUUUAGCUUAUCUGGGUGAAUAUCCUCUCUCUUGGGCCGCCUGCUGUGCCAACGAGAGCGUCUACAAUCUUCUCUUGGAUAGCGAAGCGAAUCCAGAUUUUCAGGACAACUUUGGCAACAUGAUUCUGCACAUGGUCGUUGUUUGCGAUAAACUGGAUAUGUUUGGAUACGCCUUAAGACAUCCACGACUUCCUGCAAGUAACGGAAUCCAGAACAAAGCCGGUCUGACUCCACUGACGUUGGCCUGCAAAUUGGGAAGAGCGGAAGUCUUCAGGGAAAUGCUGGAGCUUUCGGCAAAAGAGUUCUGGCGAUACAGCAACAUCACGUGCUCCGCGUAUCCGUUGAACGCCCUGGACACUCUUCUACCUGAUGGACGAACAAAUUGGAAUUCGGCGUUGUUCAUCAUCCUAAAUGGAACCAAAGAGGAGCAUCUGGAUAUGCUCGAUGGCGGAAUCAUCCAGAGACUGUUGGAAGAGAAAUGGAAGACUUUUGCUAGGAAUCAAUUUUUGAAACGUCUCUUAAUCCUCUUCGUCCACUUGGUUUUUCUCUCUUUGGCCGUUUACCUUCGACCCGAUGACCCCGACGAACCCUUAUUGAGGUACACCGAUGAUCCGGUCGUCAUUACUAGAUACAUUUGCGAAAUAGGUGUCGUCUUAGGUGUAUUAAGUUACUUGAUUCUUCAGCAAGGGGAUGAGAUCAAGAAUCAAGGAAUGUUGGCUUUCCUCAAGCAACAAUAUCACUCACCGCCAAAAGCGAUCUUCCUCUUGGCCAACUUCCUCAUCUUGGCGUGCAUCUUUUACCGUAUCCAAGGCGACAGAAACACCGAAGAAGCGUUGCUCUUAGUCGCCGUUCCUGGCUCCUGGUUUCUCCUCAUGUUUUUCGCAGGAGCUGUACGUCUAACGGGACCUUUCGUGACGAUGAUCUACAGCAUGAUAACCGGAGACAUGCUGACUUUCGGCAUCAUCUACAUCAUCGUUCUCUUCGGAUUCUCGCAAUCGUUCUACUUCCUCUACAAAGGUUUCCCCGGAGUGAAGACUUCUCUGUACAGCACUUAUCCGACCACCUGGAUGGCCCUCUUCCAGAUUACUUUGGGAAAUUACGAUUAUCAAGAAUUGUCCAACACUACUUACCCGGGCGUCAGCAAAGCCGUCUUCGCGCUGUUCAUGGUCUUCGUGCCGAUCCUCCUCCUCAACAUGUUGAUCGCGAUGAUGGGCAACACCUACGCUCACGUCAUCGAGCAGAGCGAGAAGGAAUGGAUGAAGCAGUGGGCCAAAAUCGUGAUAUCCUUGGAACGGGCGAUCCCUCAAGCCGCCGCUCACCAGUACCUGCAAGAGUACAGCAUAUCUUUGGGAAAGAGCGAAGAGCAAGGCACGGAGCAGAGAGCCGUCAUGGUCAUCAAAUCGAAGAGCAAGACUAGAGCGAAGCAGAGGAAGGGAGCUGUAGCUAAUUGGAAGAGGGUGGGAAAGGUGACUGUGAACGCUCUGAAGAAGAAAAACAUGACCGGAGAGGAGAUGAGAUGUUUGAUGUGGGGUCGUGAGAGCAUCAACACUCCGAUCAAAAUGAAAGGACCGAAGAUAGAUCCGCUCUUGGAUCCGAAAGGGCCUUCGUUGACUGGAGCUUUUGAGGGUGCUUUGGCCGCAACUCUGGACGUCAUCUCGUUUGCGCACGACGUCGAUUUGAUCGCGACUCAACCGAAGAGGAAACCUGAAGAUAAAUCUACGAAAACGCCACAACAACAACAACAAAAACCACCGAAACUCGAGGAGGUCAAGAGGAAACCUAAAGAUUAUACGAGCACGGAUCCGUUAAGAGAUUUAGUUUUAUAUUCGAGAAGCGAAAGUCCGGCGUUCCUAAACGAUUUGGCUGAUAGAGCGGCGAAUUUACCAGAUUUCGAGGAAAACGUGCAGAACGUUCCUUCGGCCGUACCGAACGUUAAAAGUUUGGCUGGUAUUUUCGCUGGUACCGAGAGUAUAGUUAAGAGAGUGGAAGUCACGGUGAAGAAGUACGCGGCUUUGGAUCCGAGCGAUAGCGAAGGAUUCGGAGAUUUACCUUUAUUGGGAAGGGUGAGUCGCACGAAGCGCGCUAAAUCGGCGACGCAGAGGAGGACGACGACGACUUCCGGUAAAUUGAAGAGCGGCGAUAAGAGAAAGCUUCUGGCGGAAACGGAGUCAAGUUCGACGGGCACGAUGAGUCCCAAAGAGGAAGAGCAGGAGAAGUUGGAUUACGUCGACGAUAGGAUGAGACAGGUCAAGGAUUCCUUACAGGAUAAUGGUGUUGAUAUGAGACCAAUGAACAUCGACGAGGCCUUAGGAAACAAUGAUAAAAUGGAAACAAUCAAAGUUGCAGGUGAAAGCGAUGGAAAAGAGAACGAAUCUGGCGCGAAGAAACGCAAGAAAAGACCGAAAACCGCUAAACUUAACCGUGUCAGCCCGAUAGUGGACGCUUCGAGGAAUUGCCAAUCGGCAGGGAACAAAAUGGAUUCGGAUUCUGAUAAAGAUCCGCUGGAGCCUUGGAGCACCAAGAAUAUCGUCAACAUGAACAAGAUUUUGGCUUGGGAUAACAACGAUCGAGAUAGUAUUUGAAUUACAUAAUAAUUGUGAAAUCUAUAAUUAGUUCACUUAGGCAAUAGUCACAAACAUGACAGAUAAUUUAUUAUUCUGUCUUAUUUUCCUAACCUAACCUAACUUAACCUUAAAAACUUUAACAUUUCUCACGUAUUUGAAGUAUCAGAAGUGUUUUAUGGUAAUUACAUGUAAUUUCGUAUAAUGUGAAGGAUCAUUAAGGAAGGAUUUUAAUUGUUUCGAAAGGAAGAGUCAACA